CGCUCCCCCCUCCUCGCUCUCGGCCAACCAACGGUCGCGCCGCUGCUCGUCCGCCCGCGCCGGGUAUCGCGUCUCCGUGGAGACCAGCCAAGCGCUGGGCCGCGAUGGAGCCGGACAGAGCCCAGCUGCCGAGCCGCGGAGAGGCCGCCGUCGCCCCGACCAGCGCGGAGGAGCCCCACGGGACCCCGGCGGAGACGGAUCCGUGUCCUGCGGAGAGGCCUCCGGACCCCGAGGCAGAGCGGCAGGCCGCAGACAUGCACCCGGUGGAGCUGCCGCCCUGCCAUGGCGUGGCCGGUCCGUACCUGGGGGAGCUGCCGGCCGCCGAUUUGCAGCCGCUCCCGCCCUGCGUCCCGGAGGCGCCGAGGGAGCUGCCCGCCCGCGGCCAGUGCCUGAUGCACAAUUGGCAGGAAGAGAGAGCCACCAAUGAUCUGGACCAUGUGCCGAGACCUGAGUAUGGCACCGAGGGAUUUUUCCACCGGCAUGGGCAUCCUGGCCUCCUCACCCUUGACUUCCUGGCCGGCAUGCCCACGACCACCACAAUGAAGGACUCCUAUCCUCGACCCGUGAAGAUGGGGCUCCCUGUGCGAGGGAAACGAGAGGCCAUGAUGGAGCAUCUUCUGUACCAGAAACACAGGUGAAGAGCGUGACCUUCUCUCCACCCCUCACUUAGCAGCCAGGCAUUACUGUGGGCCUGUCAAGGUCAAAGGGUGGCCUCUUUCCUCCAACUGGUCUGCACUGUGAACUUGCUCGGCCCUUUUCUGGAGCCACAUGCCCCACUGCAAGUCAAACCGUGACCCAAAGACAGAGGACCCUGGGGGUAUUCAUGGCCACUGAGCUGCUGAAGGCAAGGAGGCCUCCAUCUUAUCCAUUCUGAGCACCGUCCUUCUGUGUCAAAUUGCUGGGUGAGAGGAUGGGAGUCCUCCUCUACUGUCUCUUCAAGGACUUUCCCAAGCCGACUUGGAGCUCUUGAGUCGAAGGUCCCUUUGCUUUAGAAUAAGAGUUGAAAGGGACCUUGGAGGUCUUCUACUCCAACUCCCUGCUCAAGCAGGAGAGCUUAUACUAUUUCAGACAAGUGGCUGUCCAGUGAAGAAGCACCCAAAACCUCUGAAGGCAAGCCGUUCCACUGGUUGUUCUGUUAGGAAAAUUCUCCUUAGUUCCAGGUUGCUUCUCUCCUUGGUCAGUUUCCAUCUGUUGCUUCUUAUCCUGCCCUCAGAUGCUCUGGGGAACAGGUUGACCCUUUCGUCUUUGAGGCAGCCUCACAGAUAUUGGAAGGCUGCUGUCAUGUCCACCCUAGUCCAUUAAGCUAGACAUACCCAAUUCUUGCAAGCAUUCUUCAUCUUCAGCUGCCUAAGAGUGUUCUGGGGUAAUCCUAGUAGGCAUCCUGGAGCCUGCUUAGGAGCCUCCCCAAAGAGAAGUUUAGGAGCGAGUGGGCAGGCGCCAGCAUGAAAUGGUUGGUGCGAGGACUGGAACCAGAGAGUGGGACUACCUGGGUAUUUCUUCCCUUGCAGAAGGGAAGAGCCGAGGUCUUCCAAGGGCCAUUUGCCAGGAAGCUGAGCAGACUGCUGCCUCCUUUCUUGCCCAAGGACCAGUGAGAGGCCAUGUUGUCUAACCCUGGAAGCUGAAAAAGUGAUGGAGAACCAGGGAGGAUAGACCAGUGUGGGAGGUUAGGCACGGGACAGCGAAAGGUGGCAGAGGCAGAGAGAACCAUCUCCAAGGCAAGCUGCAGCAGGAGGCCUGCACAUUUCCACAGAACUGUUGGGAAAAGGGAGGCGAGCUGUUUGACCACACCCCCGUCUCCGCUCCCCUCAAUUAGGGUUUCCUUGGGCUGAAACAACCCCAGCAGGCCAAUGGCUGCAGCAUACUGUGAAGUCCACUGCAAGAACACUCCCAGGGGCCUCCUGCAGCUGCAGGGAGGUAUCGAUGUCCAGACUGUAGAGCAGGUUGGAUUCACUCCCCCCUCCUCAUUUGCACAAGAUGCACUGGAGCCUCCCACUGUGGCCUUCCCUGUUGACCACAACAGAUUCACACACAAGACCUGCUUAUCCACCAGCAACACGGGGUGGGGGAUCCUGGGGAUCAUGGUGGUGGUGGUGUUGCUGCUCCCAGGACUUUCCUUGCCCUUCUACUCCAAUCAGCAGGCAGGGGUGGGCGCUGUGGCAUAAAACAGCUUUUUCCACACCCUUUCCCUGCGCCUGAGAGGAGAUCCUGCCCCUCAGCCAUGAUGAUUGGUCAGCAAAGGAGGCAGCAAAGUUAGAACCUGGACAAACAGCCUGAUAAAUAUUUGCAGUGUUGCUCCCAACCUUUUACCUGGC